AUGUUAAACAGUCAAGAGUCAAUCACCUGGCUUCAAAAGCGCUUUCAAAGGUCAGCCAAGGUUGAGUAUCUCCACACGAGGGAGCAGCUUGAAUCCCACUAUGAAAUAGAAAGAUGAUUCAACAAAUUUGAUGAAGACAAAUCUGGGACAUUAGACUUCGCUGAAAUCGAAGAGAUGUUUAAGAGUGUUGGAAUAUAUAUCAACCGGAAAGACUUGCAUUCAAUAUUCUCUUCAUUUCUGCCAUAUAAGAAGGAGCAGCUUGACUUCAAAGAAUUCAAGAGUUUUAUUCUUUCAGAAGAUGGCAAUAAAGCAUUUCGAAAAAUAAUUCAGAAAUACCAUAAACAAGAUAGGCAUCUGAAGAAGAUCAAGGAUGGAGCAAUCAAGGCUGAGCAAUUCUUCGUGCCUUACGACUUUAAAUCCCUUCUUGAGUUUGUAGACCUCAAGAUUAGGAGGGAAAGCGCUAUUGAGAAGAUAUUUAAGGAUGAUGCUGAGAAUACUGACUUUAAUUUUCGGACACUUUUUGAAUUGAACCAGAUGAACCAAAAAGGUCAGACAAAUAUUCGAAACAAGUUUCUAAAAACUAUUUUGAAUUAAAACCUCGGAUACAGAAGAUGGAAAGUCAUCCAUGAAGCCUAGUAUGAUGAACAACAAGGCUUCUAGGAGGUAUAAUGCCUUCAACUCGAUUCCUAGCAAGGUCUUGUUAAGGAAAGAGAAACAGAAGUUAGAACAAUUGAUUCAAAAUGCAAAAGAAAGAGGGCGACAAUUGGCAAAACAAGAGUGGAAUACCAUAUGCCAAGCCAGGGCUGCAUCCCACUCACAAGGGAAGAAGACUAAAGGGAAAGAUAAAAUCUCCAGGAAGAAGCUUCUCAAAAAUUAUUGAACAAAUAAAUCAAGGUCAAUAGAUUCCAUCAAAACAAGUCAACUUAGAAGAAAGAAGAUAAGAAAGGGGAAUGAAAUAAAAAUAUUUGAUAAUAUUUCUGUUAAGAAAACACCUGAGUUAACUUCAUGAUUGGCUCAGAUGACAUCAGAUAUAAAUUUUAAUUCAGAAAAUAAAACUCUAGGAAGUUCUGUGAAUGAUAAGUCUAUUGAAAGAUAUUUUACAUCGAAGCCAAGUUACCUCUCUUCAGAUAUGUCUCAUCCCACAACUAAACUCACUUCAAGCAACUCCCAGACUCUUGUCACCCAACAGCCUUCAUGCUUGCACACAAAGCCCGGCUGAUGCUUCACUCUGCUAUUCAGUCACCACGGAAAUUCCAGCAGGCUACAGUCAAAGCCCAGACAGGCCAGACGUAAGACUCUCAACAAGAAACAUAAGUGCCACGUAACAACGACGCAGAAGCCAGACAUGGACCCUCUGAGCCGCCUGAUCAGGUCCAGAGCAAUGGCUGCUAGGCAGGCAAGUGCAGGUCAGACUCGUCAGUCCCAGUAGCCCACCGCCUCAGCCCAGUGUGAGGUCGAACUCCGAGGGGCCGCGUAAGAGGCGAUGCAUGCUCAUUUGGAUGUCGCUCUAACAUAUUCAACAUCGUU